AUGCUACUUUCAGAUCUUCUUGAUGGUGGUUCUGCUCAUUUUGCCGAAACAGUAAAAGAAAUCAAGAUGAGGAAGGCCUCUUUAUUAGUGGAAUGUCUAACACCGGACUUUCAAGGAGAUAUAGAAGCUAUUAAAACAGUUGUCCUGUCUGGGUUAGAUGUUUUUGCUCACAAUAUUGAAACAGUUGAGGAAUACCAAAAGUAUGUGAGGGACCCACGAGCUAAGUAUCAUCAGUCUCUUGAAGUCUUGCAUCAAGCAAAGCAAGUUCGGCCUAAUGUUGUUACAAAGACCUCACUCAUGCUAGGUUUUGGAGAAAAUGAUCAGCAAAUAAAAAAAACUAUGGAAGAUCUUCGAGCUAUAGAAGUUGAUUGUCUUACUCUUGGCCAGUACAUGCAACCAACAAAGAGACACUUGAAGGUUGUAGAGUAUGUCACACCACAAAAGUUCAAAUAUUGGGAAAAAAUAGGAGAACGUAUGGGCUUUGCAUACACAGCAAGUGGACCACUAGUGAGAUCUUCUUAUAGGGCAGGGGAAUUUUACGUGAAGAAUCUUGUCCAGAAAAGAAGACAGCGAAGUAUCUAACAUUGGAGGUUUUGCAAUACAUAAUAAAGACAAUACAACAUAAAAAAAGAGGGAUUUAGACUAGUAUUUGAUGUAUAACUUAGUUAAGUUUUGUGUGUCAUGAUGUGGUGUAGUUGUUUUGAAUAAUUUCUUUUAUGAUAUUGCAAUAUUACAGAAAACAGGAAUUGAACAAUAUUCUGUAUGAGUAAAAAAAAAGUUUUCCCCACUUUUCACCUUUUUAGUUCUAUAAAGAUAAGAAUACAGUGAAAGAUUAUGUUGUGUACUUUAGCGAGGGCUUUUGAAGUUUAAAAACAGUUUGAAACAUGACGAACUUUUACACAUUGGUUAUGUUAUCAAAUUCUUUCAUAACAUUUAUUUAUGAAUUUAGUAUAACUGAAGACACUGAAAAUAAGAAUGCUUUUUAGUCAGAGUAGUAGUUGUUCUGAAUUAAAAAAUAAAUUAUCUUAUGGAUGGAUCAAUUUUUUUUUUUUUCACCAUAUGUUAUUUGUCAAAUUUAAUCAUCAGUACUUCAAUAUAUAGAUAUGUUAUUAUGGUUGUGUUUUUGGAUGAAAUAAA